CGCGCUUUCUUCACCCCGGGAUGGGGCAGAACCGCUCAUUUCAUUACCUAUAACGGGGCGUCAGGCUCAAUACAAUAUGAAAUGGGUUCUCGAAUCCUUUUGGCUCGAACUCCACAUAGCUGGCCGUUCACAGUUCUAUUCAUUGCUGGGAAAGAGGAAAAUGAGUGGUCACUUGAAAUAAUCGCUGGCAAAGCACAUGUGGUUGUCGUUAAUAAUGGAGACGUUAAAUCUCUGGUGGAUGGCGAAAAACUCGUGUCUUUGCCCUUGCGCCUAGAAACUGGCUUAAAGGACAACUUUCUUAUAGUGACUCGAUCCGGCCGCGACAACUUGAUUGUCCAAGCAUUUUCCAAUCAAGAUAAGUCCCAGACAGAUGAUAGCUUUAUGGAGAUUUCUAGUGCUCGACUUCUAGAGCUUCGAAUCACCUUAGAUGGCUUAGAGACGGGCCAGACUCGACGAGCUGUCUAUCUGGCUGCUGGGCAAGCUUGGCAUAACCGCCUUGUCGGACUGUUAGGAAGAAAUGAUAACGAAAAGUACACUGAUUAUGUGCCCAUUAAUAGAAAGCUAAUCUCAGAGUCAAGUGGUCUAAGCAGAUUCUGUCUCAAUGGUUGCAGCAUGGUAAGUAACAUAAUGGAAGUAGUCUUAUAG